UUGCUUUUCUUUCUCCUCAACGUGGCCUUUCUUCUCUUCUCUCUUCUCUUUCUUCUCGUGCCUUCUCUGACGUUUUCUAUGAAGCUUCCUUUUCCAUCUCUUAUAAGCCUAACCAUUUGCUUUUCUUUCUCCUCAACCUUCCUUUUCCACUUUAUAAACCAUUUGUUUUUUUCUUUCUCCUCAUUUGCUUUUUCUUCUCUCCUUCUCUCUUCUCUUCCCUUUCUUCUUUCUUCUUCUUUCCAACUUUUCUUCUUUUCCUUCCUUCUUUUCCUUCUUUUUUUCUUCUCCUUCUUCUCUGACAUUUCUAUCUUCUUUUUCUUCUCUUUUCCAUCUCUUUUUCUCCUAACCAUUUGCUUUCUUUCUCCUCAACUUCCUUUUCUUCUCUUCCUCUCCCUUCUCUUUCUUCUUGUGCCUUCUCUGACGUUUUCUAUGAAGCUUCAUUUUCCAUCUCUUAUAAGCCUAACCAUUUGCUUUUCUUUCUCCUCAACGUCGCCUUUCUUCUUCUCUUCUCUCUUUCUUCUUCUCUUGCCUUCUCUGACAUUUUCUUAUAAGCUUCCUUUUCCAUCUCUUAUAAAACGCCUAACCAUUUGCUUUUCUUUCUCCUCAACGUCGCCUUUCUUCUUCCUUCUCCCUCUCUUUUCUUCUUGUGCCUUCUCUGACGUUUUCUAUGAAGCUUCAUUUCCAUCUUCUUAUAAGCUUUUCUUUCUCCAUUUUUCUUUUCUCUCAAAGUCUCCUUUCUUCUCUUCUCUCUUCUUUUCUUCUUCUUGUCUCUUCUUUUCCAUCUCUCUGUUUUCUUGCAUCUCUUUCUCCUCAACGUCCUUUCUUCUCUUCUUCUUUUUCUCUCUUUUCCCUUCUUUUCUGACCUUUUCUGAAUUUUUUCUCAUCCUUUUAUCGCCUUUCUCCUUGCUUUCUUUCUCCUCUCUCUUUCUCUUCUCUCUUCUCUUUCUUCUUCUUCUCUUUUGCUUUUCUUUCUCCUCUCCCUUUCUUCUUCUUCUCUUUUCCUUCUCUUAUUUCUUUUCUUUUCUUUCUUUUCCAUUCUUUUCGUCUUUGCUUUUCUUCUCUCUUCCCUUUCUUCUUUUUUCUUCUCUCCCUCCAUCUUCUCUUCCUUCCCUUUUCUUCUCCUUCCUUUUCCAUUCUUAUAAGCUUUUACCAUUUGCUUUCUUUCUCCUCAACGUUCUUCUCUUCUCUCUUCUCUUCUCUCUUCUCUUGUGCCUUCUCUUCUUUUCCCUCUCUUCCUUUUCCAUCUCUUAUAAGCCUAACCAUUUGCUUUUUCUUUCUCUCCUCAACGUCGCCUUUCUUCUUCUCUUCUCUCUUCUUCUUUCUUCUUCCCUCUCCAUUUGCUUUUCUUUCUCCUCAACGUUUCCUUUUUCUCUUCUUCUUCUCUUUCUUCUUCCUAACCAUUUGCUUUUCUUUCUCCUUCUCUUUCCCUUUCUUUUCUUCUUUUCUUUCUUCUCUUUCUUCUCUUCUCUUCUUCCUUCUCCUUUUCUAUAA